UGCUUGGGUGACGAGUGACAGUUUUGAGUUGAUCAAUGGCCCCGCAUCUUUUUCUCUUUCUGCUGCCUGCGUCUCGUAGAAACGUGGCAGUUCAUUGUGUCGCCAACGAAGCCCAAGUCAUUAUUGAGGGAGUCACAUUAUUGUUCUCACCUUUUUACUCCGUUCCUUGUUUUCAUACCCAUCUCCGAUCCAUCUAGUCAUCUACGGUGUAUCCGUCGAUUACCUCAGGGCAAAUGCCAUCAAACACCACGGCGACCUUCCUACACUAGACUUGAACUUCCAGCACUGCGAUACAAUCAUGACCACCAUCCUAGAUACUCCUAGUCCUCUGCCGGGCUCUUUUCUGCCUGCCAACGAGGCCACCUUCCGAUGUACCAACUUCAACGCCUCAUUAUUUCUUCCUCCGACACCUGAUCAAUCUAGAUCGACCCCGACAUCAUCCAGUCUAUCUCAAAGCCUCCGCAACAAGACAUCUGCGCAGACCGCAUCGAGGAAGCGACCACGUUUAGAUCCCGUGUCUCGUCGCGACGCCACCUCUCCUCCCCCACUGGUCAACACAAAUUACCGUAUCGCCGGAGGACUCGACACGCCGACUUCACUCAGCGUGCAGAGGGAAGAAGAAGAAGACCGCGAUGAAUUCGAAGCAGAUUGUCGGCCAAACAGGUACACAGAGACGACGAGAUCGUCGUACUUUCCUCAAACGCCGGCGGUCAACGAUGACAACAAAUCCACGAAUGGCAAGCGCAGACUAUCUCAGUCCCCACAGACUCCUGGAGGUUGGGGCAAGACUGUCUGGGCCCUGACGGGAGGCAUCGCCGGAAAAGUCAUCAACUUUUGCUGGAACACCACAUUCAAGGGUUUCCACGCAGGAGGCGGCAAAGGCUAUGAAUUCGACCUGAGCACUCCAGACGUAUCUUCGCUCACGAUACAUGAAGUCGAUGCGGCACAGGAUGUUUUCCACGACGCCUACGAACGUCCAACCAGAGGAGAUCGGGAUAGGACACCCAUUCCGGGUGGUUUCCCGGAAGAGCAAAGCUUCGUGUUUGAAGGUUUCGAAACGGCACGAACCAAGUCUUAUGAAAGGCGGAAUGACUGGGUCAUUGUCGAUGGUCCAGAGCACGACAGAGACGCCAGCCCGGUGAGAAAGAAGUCCAGAGCCAGUACGGCCAACCUGUACGCUCGGCAACCAAAUACGCGGCAGGCAAGCAGCACUCAACAUCCUCCUCGGCCUCGGCUCGCGUCUAGAACCUCUUCUCAGAAACCGUCGGCCUCAUAUGCCUCCCCGAGAUCGUUGGCCGUGUCUGCGGCCGCCGCGAAACCGCAACACCGUCGGUCCGUAUCUUCCUUUGAGCCAGCCUCCAACACCCCUCGACCGAACAGUAGAGCAUCGAUGGCGUCGCCGCGUCGGCAGUCUUCCCAGGUCCAUACCACCGCCCAACCAUCUCCUGAAGUUCGCAAAUUCGAACAGAAAAUGCGCCGGAAGGAAGCCAAACAGGAUCAGACGAUGAACCGUUUCAACGCACAAUUGCAAGCCAUGAUCCGGGAGGGUCAGCAGGCGUUGGGAUCAAAGAUUGAGGUGGUCGACGGUGGUAUGAGUGAUGUCGAUGUUGAUGAGGGAUACGAAGAGGGCGGUGAGAUGAUGGAAAGUUGGAGGAGUUAGUACCUAGUCGUCCCAGAAAACAAGAACAAAGGUGAUCGGCCAAGUAACAACUGCAUUUGGUGUCGAUAACAGAAACAAGAUACCCCUUAGUCGUUGUCUUUUUUGGUGGUCCAGACACUCGAGAUGUCCGUAUGAAUACUCCAUUCCAUUCAAUGU